AGUUGGCCACCCAGCCAAGGUGGUCAGGUGUCUCGGUGACCGUCUCCUCUGUUGGGAGUGCUCUGUGCAGAGCAGCGCAGCGGGCGCGGCACUGAGCAGCUCGGACGCCGCCGCUGCUCAGCGUCAGUCCUGUUUGCUAACGCUCAGUGACAGGCCUGAGCGGUUUGUUGUGGUCAACGCUAACCGGGGCGGGCGGGCGGCCGCCGUCUCGAUUUUCGCCGGAACGGAGCUAAGCCGCGCGCGUCUCUCGAGCGGAGGGCGGUCUCCUCUGACGACAAACAGGAUCACGGUGACGGAAUCCGUGAGCGCGAGCGGACAGCGUCCAUCUCCGAGUCCUCAUUCCCACCAGGGCUCGGCGACACAGGAUCGGCGGGCCGGCGCGGCGGUCCACACCAGCCGCAGUUCCGCCUCCCGCCGCCAGGGGCGCUGAGGUCGGCCGCGGCCGGCCGGGCGGCGGGAGCUCAUUUCGAGUUUGGCGGCGGUGACGGUAGGGCGAGUGACCAGGUGCACCGUGUGCGUGAGCAUGUGAGGGACCGGCGGUGACGUCAGAACGCAGCUGAUGCCAGAGCUGUCUCGGUGGACGCUUGGAGAGGUGGUGUAGAGUUCAGCGGACGGACUGGGGACUGAACUGCGCCGCACCUGCGGCUGAGGUGUGCCGGUUUUAGUGAGCAGCGGCCGCGCUGCGGACUCUGAGGGCCGCUACGAUGGAGUGCCGACUACGGUGGGGACUUCUGGUGCUGAUGGCAGCGACCGUCGUGCAAGGUCGUGUCAAACAAGUGGACAUCACAGGGCUGGUCGGGGACUCGAUCAGACUGCCCUGUGAGAUCGACGAGGAAAAGUGCGGCGAGGUUCACAACAUCCAGUGGUACCGCGGCGACGGAGACACACGAGUCUUCGUUUAUUCCGAGCUGGCCAAAGUUGACACCAGCGAGAACAUGCUUCAGGACAGGGGCUACUUCCAGUACACGAAAGGCUCUUCCCUGACGGAGUUGGAGAUCCGUAACCUGAAGGCGGAUGACGAGAGCUUGUACAAGUGUGAGCUGACGUAUCUGGAGGUCCGCGACAACUGUGCCGUCAUUCAGUUCGUCAACCUCACCACUAUAGCCAAGCCGAGCAGCAUCCGCAUUCUGCUGGAGGACGGCACGGAGGCCGGCGCUAUGAUUGGUCCAUUUGAAGAGGACGCCCAGCUGUACCUCAAGUGCGAGUCGGCCGGGGGCAAGCCGGCCGCCUCCGUCACCUGGUGGAACGACACCAUCAACAUGGGAGGUGAUGUCGGCGCCAUUCUCAGUGAGGACGGCACCGGGGUCGGCAUGAACGAGCUGCGGGUGCCACUGACCCGACAUGACCUCGGGUCAGUGUUUGAGUGCCGCGCCUCCAAUGAGGCCGUCGAGUACCCGCUGAGCACCAAGGUGACACUCGACCUCAACGUUCGGCCGCGGACGAUCGAGCUGUCGGGUCUGGAGAGUCCGGUCGACGAGGGCUCCCAGGUGACGUUGACCUGUAAGGUGACCGGGGCGCGGCCGGCGGCCAACAUCACCUGGCUGCGGGGCACCGACCGGCUGCUGGAGCAGACUUCCGACUCCGAGAGGGUCCAGCCGGACAGCACCACUGAGACCAUCAGUCGGUACACGUUCACGGCCACCCGCGAUGUGAACGGAGACGACAUCGUCUGUGUGGCCACCAACGCCGUCAUCGAGAGGAAAAACGAGUCGCCUCUCAGGGCGCCCGUCAAGGUCCAGGUGCUCUAUGCACCGCAGGUGAGCGUUGAGCCCACCAACAUCACAGUGAAUGAGUCGAUGGACAUCCUGCUCUUCUGCGAGAUCGACGCCAACCCCACCAACCUCUCAUCGGUCAUCUGGUACAAGGACGGCCGGGCACUGGACCUCACCGAUGAGGAGAAGUUCGAGGGAGGCGCCCUGGACAACCCGUCGCUGCUGAUAAAGAACACGUCCCGCCGGGACGCGGGGCGGUACCGCUGUGAGGUGGCCAACGACGUCGGCGUCGGCAGGGCCGACAACGAGGCAGUAGUGCACGUCCAGUUCCCGCCAGACACUGUGAUCACUAUGGAGCCGGCCAUGGUGCUCGAGCGAGACCGAGAGAACGUCACCUUCGUCUGUGACGUCACCGACGGCAACCCGGACGAGCUGCUGGCCGUUCGCUGGUACCUGGACGGUAUCAUGCUGCGGCAGGUACCCGACGAGAACUGCACCAACACCACCGAAAUCAACGGCACCGUCACCACUCUGCCGUACGACAUUCAGGACUACUACGACCCCGACUCGAGCGAGGUUCUCCAGCUGGAGGAGCUGUGUGGCACCAAUCCGGCGCCACUGGUCCUGCUCUCCGUGGAGCGCUCCUUCAUGGCCAACUACAGCUGCUCGGGAAAGAACGCCGCCGGAUGGGGGCCGCGCUCCAAGGAACGCGAGCUCGUCGUACGAUAUCCACCGCGGCAGACUGCUCUCGUCUACAGUCCCCCCACCGUGCUGAAGGGGUCAGCAGUGACCCUCACCUGUGAGGUCGACGACCCCGGCUACCCUCCGGCCAAUAAGUACAUGUGGAUGCGCGGCAACCACCUGAUCUCGGACGUGCAGGAGAGUCAGUGGCGCAUCAACACGGUAAAGCUAGAGGACGCCACCACGUUCAGCUGCACGGCAUCCAACGAGGCCGGCAACAGCCUCGAGGGCAAGGUCGACCUCAAAGUCUACACGAAGCCCCAGUUUAUCGAGCGCCUGCCGCUCUACCUGGGCGCUCUGAUGAACUCCUCCUCUAUCUCGGUCACGUGUCGGGUCGAGUGCUCCCCGCUCUGCAGUCUUCAGUGGCUCAAGGAUGACGAGAUUAUUGAGGAGGACAGCCCGCUGUACUCGAUCAAGACGAGCACGCUGGACCCCGACCCGCGCACCAACGACCUCGAGUCGGUGGUGUCAACUCUGACCUGGAACAUGUCCGCCUGGCCGGGUCAGAUGCUCGACCGGGUCAAGGACAACGCCAACUACACGUGCAGGAGCACGGCCAACCCGGUGGGGCCCGGUGUCAGCAGCACCACCUUCUUCACCGUCGAGUACCCGCCGGAGAACAUCAGUCUCAGCUCUCCAAUCGUGGACGUGGUGGAGGGGGAGACUCCCGACGAGGUCGUCUGCCAGGCCAACGCCUACCCAGACGCCAACUACAUCUGGAAAAAAGAUGACGCGGCUCUUCAGACUGGAGAUCGGCUCCGGCUCAAUUUCCAGGACGGUAUCAAACGGGACAAGGCUGGGGAGUACGAGUGUGAGGCGCAGAACAAGCACGGCGUAGCCUCUACCAAGGUGUUCGUGAAUGUGAUGUACAAGCCCCAGUGCGCGAUCCGUCAGACGGAGGAGGACGGGGAGUACCUGCUGCUCUGUGAGGUGGACGCCGUGCCCGACGACGUCACCUUCGGCUGGUUCUUCAACAACCAGACGCUCAAGGGCGACAUCCACACGGAGGGCACCGUCAGCACGCUGAUAGUGCGUCCGGGCAGCCGUGACUUCGGCACCUACUCGUGCCACGUCAACAACACGGUCGGCGCCGGCGUGCCCUGCGAAAUCGAUGUCAAAGGUGUCAGCGGCUGGGGCAUGCACCUGGGCAGCAUGAACUUCAUCAUCAUCAUUGUGGUGGUGGCCGUGGCGCUGGUGCUGCUGCUUGUCGUCUGCAUCAUCGUCAUCCUCUGGUGCCGCCGGAAGAAGACAAAGGACAAGUUGGGCGACCCGAGCAAAGACAAGUCGUCACCGAACGGCGCCGGCGGCCCCGACGAUCGGGCCGUCUAUGAGAACCUGCCGUUCCACGGCAUGCAGCAGCCGCCGUCCAAGCCGCUUGGCCCAUGGUCCGAUAUGGAAUAUGCUGACGUGGACUACAAGUCCUACGGGCCAAUCGACUACAAGCACGAGAGCCAGCGAGUGCUCGCCGAGAAGCGGUCUCUCCAGGAGGCAGCUCAGCGGGGUGCACCCGCUCGGCCACCCAAGGUCUCCUCUGUCUAACAGACAGUGACCUGGUCAAGUCUUUCAGCGUUGGGACGAGAGUGCGCGCGGCAGACGGUGGACGGCCGGCCCGCCGGCUGACGGGCUAUGUGAUUUGAUCGAGUGAACUGAGUGAUUUGCGCCGCGCGGACGCCGCCACACACGUUUUGAUACGAACUACCGUCGCGUGGCCGGCGCGCCGCGAGCGUUGGUGUGUGGUGCGGCGCCCCGUGAUAGUGUCGCCGCGCGUUGUGUGUGCUAUCUGCGGGCCCGCGCGCUCGCCCAGUGGUGAGGUCCGCAGCCGCCGCGCCGUGCUGUGUACUGAGUGUGUCGCCAGCCGCGGCCCGGCUGGGUCUGUGGGUGGCCCGCCGUCUGUGUGUGGGUGCGGUCACCGGUCCGCCUCCGCCCCUGUGUCGGCGAACGGAGUAACAUAUACACGAGCUAGUCUGCUGAACCUAUCGUGUGGAAUCAGUGUGAAUGGUCCUAAAUGCACGUUAGACGCUGUUGAUUGUGUUGGCACUUUGUAUGUUUAGUGACUAAGAUAGAGGACUGUUAUAACACGGAAUUUAAUAAAUCUGUAUUUGUA